ACAUGAGACACUGAAUGUUCUAAAUGGCAAAAAUUAUAGUAAUAUGGACUUCGUAUUUGAAAGUUUUCAGCACUUGUUGUAUUACACCUUUGUGGAGAUGAUCAGUGUACUUCGCGAAGUUAGACCCUCCCUAACAGUUGGUGAAGCAAUGUGGGUUUUGCUGAUAUGUGACUUGAACCUUCCACUAGCUUGUUCAGGAAAGGAUCGUUUGAGCAAUGCUGUUGAUAAAGAGGGAAGCUCCACUAGUUCUUCCAACCUUCAACCAAAGGCUGAGGAUGCUUCAUUGUUAAUCACUGCAGAUAAAUCCUCUAGAACUUCAGGGGAGUGUAAACCAGGAUCUUGUUCUAAACGACAUAGUAGAAAAGAAAUAGCAGCACUAAGGCAGAAAUUCUUACACAUGGAGAAAGCCUGCAUGGCUUGUGGAAAAGGGGAUCUUAAAUCAGCGAAGAUUGCAAAUGUUAGUAGUGGUUUGAUUCUUGAAAAAAGACUCAAGCCACCAUCUGAAAUUCCUAAUCAGCAAAUGAAAUGUGGCUCCUCAAAUGCGAUAAGCAUAAAAGGAUUUAGUACAACAAAUAUAGUGUAUCCUGUUUCAAGCAAUGAUACUUUUCCUGUAGUGAAAGCAAAUACUCCAAUAGCUGGCAACAUGUCCAAACCAAAAUCUGAGCCAAGCUCUUCUAACAUUCAAAAGUUUAUUGAUUAUUGUGUUGGUAUUCCCUUUGAUGAGUCUUUGGGUAAGUAUGUCCCGCGAGAUGAAAAGGAUGAAUUAAUUUUGAAGUUAAUAUCUCGAGUGCAAGAAUUGCAGGAUGAUCUUCAAAGUUGGAACAAAUGGACAAAUCAAAAGGUUAUGCAAGUUACUGAUAAGCUUAGCAAGCUACAGGUUGAGUUUAAAACUCUGAAUAAGGAAAAGCAAGAUGUGGAAAUGCUUAAAAAAGAUAAGAAAAUUUUGGAGGAAAAUGAUAUGAAGAGGAUCACUAAAAUGGAGAGUGCCAUGGAAAAUACUAAAAAGCAAAUAGAGAAUGCUACUUCGACUACUCUGGUGCUAAAGGCAGAAAACUCCUUGCUAGAGAAAGAGUUAGAUGCUGCUAAAUUGUGGGUUGUAAAGUCAACGACAAGCUAUGAACAAGCACAAGAGAGAGAGCAGAUGGCUCUUAAACAGAUCCAGUCAUGGGAAAGCCAGAUAGGAUUGCUUCAAGAUGAGCUUGAAAGAGAAAAGAACAAAUUCUUCCAUUUGCAACAGAAGCUAGACAAAGAGAAAAAUCUUCAAGCCAAGGUUGAGGGAAGAUUGGCAAAAGCGAGAGCAAUGAAAGAAAAGCUCAUAGCACAGGCUACAUCCAUUAAAAAGGAUAGAGAACAACUCGAAGCACGUGCAAAAUCUGAGGAAGAUAUGAUCAGAAAAAAGGCAGCCAAUGAUCUACUGAAAUAUGUGGAAGAUAUUGCAAUGCUAGAGAAAGAGUUGGUUGACUUGAAGCUAAAAUUUGAUUCUGAAAAAAUAGCAUCACUUCGUAGGCCUGUUGAUGAAAGAUAUGAUAAUUCCUCAAGCACUAGAAAGAGUAAACCAAACAAGAAGGGAAACAAACAAUCUUAUAUGUCUCAAAUGACAGUGAGUUGCCAAGACAAAUUGGAAACUGAAAGCUUGAGGAGGGAGCAAGAGUGUGUCAUGUGCCUAUCAGAGGAGAUGUCAGUUGUUUUCCUGCCAUGUGCACAUCAGGUUCUGUGUCCAAAAUGCAAUGAACUCCAUGAGAAGCAAGGGAUGAAGGAGUGCCCUUCAUGUAGGACCCCAAUCCAACAAAGGAUUCAUGCUAGAUUUGUUUGGCGUUAGAGAAUGUAGACUUCUUGGAUAAUAGGAAUCGUGGAGAAGCACAUUACUGGAAAUAUUUAUGGUUUUGUUUUUUAAAACAUAAAUCAGUACAAUGAAUUUCAAUGUUGUAGAGUAUUAGAUUUU